AUGUUUUGCAAUCAUAUAUCAGCUGAAAAGAAACAUCUGGCCAUACUGAGGAAUGAUCAUGUUGUUCAUGAUCUGAUGAAGACUGUAGUUGUUCAUGUAAGUGUAUUUACACACGGUAAGGAGACUUACUUUGCAAUUGUUGGGAAAGAUUUUUUUAAAACUUUAUUACCUAAACAAUUUAAAAAUAAGUUAUUUUAGGUAAUAAAAAUGUGAUAGAGAGCUUACUGACCUUUCUCUGAUUAUUAUUAUUAUAUUUUAGCCAGAUCUAAAGUACUUUGUGGGUACGAAAGCGGACGUUUAUCAAUGUAAAGCUGAUGAAAGAUGCUGUCCUGAUAAAGAAAAGUUCUUUUACUAUGACGAUGCUGGUUUACAGGUACCUUAUGUUUUUAAAAAUUGGUUUUUUAACAUCAUUUUUCAAUUUUUUUAUUAAAACUUGACUUUAUAAGCCUAAAAAGUAAUGUACUAACUAAAAAUACCAUGAAUCCUUUGUACCACCUUAUUUUAGUUUUAAAAUAUUUAAAUUUCCCGCCGAUUCGUCAAAUUUGGCAUUGUGUUUCAACAUGCUUUUAAAAAUAUACUUACAAACCUUUGACCAAACGACCUCCAGGGCCCAGUAAACUCUUCCCUCUGGCUUCGUUUCCAACCAGACAACCUUGAAGGAUCAGUCCCAGAACAAAUUGUGACAUUAGAACCAGCUUGGAGAACAUACCAAGGACCAGUCAAUUUGCUCGGCUUCAACGAUGUCAAUGGUCAACAACAAGAGAUACCACUACUUUGUGAAUAUAGAGAUAAAUACAAAUGUCCGGAAGGCUUCGUAUUCAAUGACGGUGUUUGUACGGGGAUUCUGGAGUGCGGUGCUACUGGAGAUGAAUGUGAAAGUAAAUGUACUCAAAUGGGGAACAGUUUUGGAGGUAAAGCCAUGUUACCAUCGAUUCACAACGACAACUACAAUUGGUUCUUGGCCAGUGAGUUUAGAUUUUAUCAAAAUUAUAUUAUCCAUGACAAAUGCAUGUGUUAAAGAAGACUUAAAAAAUUAAUCUUGACAGUAAACUAAACCUUCAGGUCUUUGAAAUGUUUAUUUUUUACAUUUAACAGUAAAAUAAUGCGUUUCAGCCCAAUACCGCAAGGUAAUAAUGUCAGGAAAAGAAAACAACUUCAAGAAUGGCAAGUUGUUCUCUCAAUAUUGGCCAAUAAUGAUCGGGAUGAAGCAUAUUCACGGCCAAUGGGUCAAUUUGGAUCAAACACCCUCAGACUACUUUAGAUGGUGGUCGCUCGAGAACAAAGGUAACAUUAUGCAUAAUGUUAGUACUAUGUUAUACCAUAUUUUACCGAUUAGGAAUGAAUAGGACACUCUAAUACCAAUAUUUAUAUAAACUCCCUUAGCGAAGUAUAAGGUAAAAAUCCGAAACUCUUUACAGAAGUAAAAUUGUUCACGAACCCGGACAAAGGUUACAAACGAGUGUUCCUGAUGGUGAGAGUAAACGGCGACGAUGGUAUAUCUACAUUUGGCUACUGGGCCAACAAUUACCACGACAAAGACAAGAUACCAUUCGUGGGGUGCCAAGUAAAACCUAAAAAACUGUUUUAA